AUGUCAAUGCUGGGGAAAAAAUUCUUCUUCAAAUUCAGGUAAACGUACUUUUUGGAGGAAAAGGGCUCUUUAAAAGAUUAACACUAGUAAACCGUAAUUCAUUUCCGUCGCUGUACCAAACUGUGAAUUAACAAAUCAAACAAUCGGAAAACACAGGAAACAAAAUUAUGGACCAUCUGACUAUAGACGCCAGUCUGUUUUCCUUUAGGUUUUGGUUACCGACAUGCUGUGUUACAAUAUUUAGAAAUGGGCGAAAGAUAAGCUUUUGGAUCGCCUACAAUUAUUUCGCAAUGUUACCCCCUGUUCGCUGUACGUUUGGUAAUUGUAAACGGAGGAAAAACCCUGUUUGAGCUGAAGAGACACCCCGGUAUAGAUUUCUUGUGCGUGAUUUGUGAAAUUAACGGCUAAUGCAACAGGGGCACCCAACGACAAUUUUCGGAAAACUAUCUGUUCGGAAGACGAUUUGAGAUCUAGAAUUUUCGGAUCAUUUCCUGUAAAAUUUCUUGCUUGCCUGCCUCUCCUAGGAUUUUCGAACAUCAAAGAAGUGGUAUAAUUGCCCAUUUUUAACGGAUUUUUACCCUAAAAAGGUCACCUAGAAUUUUCGGAAGCCUUUUUUCUGGCUGAAAUUUUCGAAAAGGUUAAUUUUGAUCCCUAUAAUUUUCGGAUCACUGUACUUUCAGCUAGGAAAUCCGAACAGAUGAAAAAUUUUUAGGGGAUAAAAAUAAGCCUUUAUCUACCGUUAAAAUACUAAAGUACGUUCAACAAUGCUAUGUUUAUGUGGUUUUGAACUAUAUUCUCGUUGGGUGCCCCUGAUGCAAUACCCAAUAGCUAACAAAGCGCUAAUCAAAAUUGUUUUCAAACAGAUUACUUGGGUGUAACACGACUUACAGCCUUUAGCCAUGACGGAGUCGGCUGAUGUCGCAUUAAUAACAGUAACUUCCAUAUUAAUUAUCACCUGCAUCGUGGGAAACUUUUUCGUCUGUGCUGUAGUGAUGAAAAAUCGACAAAUGAGGUAAAUUUAAAGUAGUAGUUGUUAACCUAAAUACCUGAUCGUAUUUUUGGCAUAGGUGCAUGAUGGAUCAGUAAAACGCAGACAACGCAGAAAGUGAGUUAUUUGGGCGAGUGAAGUAAGCCGCGCGGGAACGCGCGAGCGAGCGGCGAAGUCGUGAGGGGCCAAGGAAAGGAGAGAGCUCUCCUUUUUCUCAACCAACCCGCGCUUUUGCGUCUCCUCUCGCGCGUUUACUUUUCAUGAUAUCUCCCAAAUGGAGAGCUUGCUCGCAGGCUAAAAGUGAGUUUAAGAAUAUCUCCAGGGAUCGUUGAUUUUAUACACGGUUUGACUUCAACAAGGUUUAUUUUUGCGAUCAACCAAAACCAGUUGAAUUAAUUGAGAAAGACUGGAGCUUCGCUUUUGGCCUUGGCUGAAACGAGAUAUUACCAGUAAUAGCUGACCAUAUUAUUCCACAGGACACCCAUCAACUAUCUCCUCGUCAACCUGGCAGCAGCGGACAUCUGUUACGUAACAUUUGUUACACCAACAAUUAUUUUAAGCCACGAUGUCGACCAUCCAAAGGGGAUCCCUGGGACAAUUCUAUGCGCGUUUGUAACAGGGGGAGGAUUAGCAUGGACUGGAGCGGACGCUUCAAUACUUACACUGCUUGCCUUUGCCUUUGAAAGAUACUUUGCCGUUGUACAUCCCAAUGGAAACCGGGGAAUACUAACCUUUCGCAAAGUAAAGGUGUGUUUCUUUAAAAUAAGAUGUUAUGCAGGUACAAAUUUGUCAACACAAAAAGUAGCCUUGCCUUUUUGUGGCAUCCGAUGGAUAUAAGUUACUAUGCGUAACGCUAUCUUUUAAAAAACAGCCCAGUAAACGGGUUAGCCUUCGUGGUUUGCGCAAAAAGGGGAGGGGGAGGAGAUGAGGGAGAAAAGCGCGAUAGGAAAAAGGGAAGGGAUCGUUUACCCUCUCUCCCCAACCCUCCCCUCCCUUUUCACUUCGUCUCCAUCCUCUACCACUUUCGACGCCUGCUGUAAACAGGCGUUCUUCCUCGCUCUUCUAUAUGCUGGCACGUGUUGAGACAAACUGAUUAAGAAAAAGGUAAACAAAUCGUGGGUGGAUCUGGUAAGGGGGAGAGGGGGAAGCGGGGAGGGUUGCAGAUGGUGUCCUGGUCUCGCCUCUCCAUUCUUACUCCCGAAUGCGCUUUCCUUAUCUCAGAGACGAAUUUUUUAGCUACGACAUUUUUUCGUCUCGAAAAAAAUUACUAAUUUUUAGAUGUGUGAUUCAACUUUUUAAAUAUUCUUUUGUCUCUUUAUUUUAGGUGAUUAUUCCUGGAAUUUGGAUCCUCGCAGCAAUAAGCAAAAUCCCACGAUUCAUAAAACGGAGCCGUUUUGCGGAGGAAAAUAGUUCUAACUACUGCAUUUCCUUAUUAGCUGAGGAAAGUGAAAAGGCCCUUUCUGCUGUUUACUCUUCAAUUGAUUCUGCUUUGUUGAUUUUGCUGGUCUUGUUACACUCUAAGAUCGUGUACACUUUGUGGUUCAAGCACAGUGAUAAUGUACCUACACCUCAUCAACAGGUAUGCGGUAGGACACAACUAGGUUUAGCCCCGGAAAGUGGGAUACUCAACAAUGCAUUAUACGGGGAGGCUCCCCCUUGAUGUCCGACCCCUUAUCCUUUUAUAUACCAUUUUUGACAGAAGAGAUACCCUUUUCGGGCGGAGCCUCCCAGUAUAGGCAAUUACGGGAAGUACCCCUUGGGGAUUUAGCUGGCCUUUAACGGGGUUUACUCCCUCCCUUACGUAUUAAAGUUAUAAAGGUGUGUAUGGCAACAAACGGUUAUGUUAUUUUGACCAUUAUGGUGUUUUGGGUUUCAAAUAGUGUCAAGUUUCCUGCUUCCUGAUCUUACAGUUUGGACUCUAAGGUUUAAAUUUUUUCAUCAUACAAAACAACUUAUUAGGUUUCAAUUCCGGCUAUCUUAAGUUGGACCCAAAAUUUAAGGUUUCACGGUCAUAACAAAGGUAGACAAGAUGAAACAGUCGGUUUUAUAGGUCACUUAUAUUGUACACUUGGGUAACCUGUGGUGUAUGGAUUUGUUUUGAAUACAGGGUGUGUUGAGGUUAAGGAAGCGGGUCACUUUAACUGCUGUUACCAUCACUGCCAUUCUUGUAAUCUCUUGGGGAGCAGACGGAAUAUUGCACCUGAUACAAGAAUAUGCUGGCUCCGUGAAACUGAGUCCUUUAGCAACUCCUAUCGCGCACACGAUAAUGAUAUUUAACUCUGUCGUCAAUCCCUUUGCUUACGCUUUGCUGAACCAAAGAUUCAGGACGAAAGUGAAGGAAAUG